GUGUCUAGAUCAACCGCCAGCUUUGUCACUGUAGGUCACGUGACAAGUGCCUUUCUCUACUGGCGAGAUUCCCGCGUCGGUUGAUUGAUUCGUCUAGACGAGCUGAUUGACGGCUUCACUUUGGAGCGAGAAAGAAAAAUCAUAACUCUACGAAGUCGUCCGGGACACACCCUCCCGGGGAGCCUUCUGGUUUAGUUGGUGGUGCGCGAUUUUAAAUCUUCAUCAGCUCAGGAGUUGUUCUCUGUUUUCUGCACUGGUUUUGCGCGCGCGAGAUGAAGAAAACGAAACUAGUUCUGUGGCGACGACCCUCGCCGCCGUUGGUGACCGUGCUGCUGCUGCUGGUGUUGGGGCUGAUCCCGCUAAUGGAUGGGGCGGUUUUGCAAAGUGAAAGCUGCAACUCGGAAGCACUCGUCUUCUACCGGAUCCGGCUGCAGACCAGCUGGAGCAGGCAGCUGUUCCCGAAGCACUAUCCCGAGUUCCGGCCGCCGCCCCAGUGGAGCAUGACCUACGGUCAAUCCCACAACCGCGCCUUCAACCUGUUCCGGCUGAACGACCUCGCCAGCGCAUCGAUCAGCAGGUUCGCCGAAUCGGGCCACGCCCACGCCCUGGAGGAGGACCUAUCGCGCCAAAGCCCGGCCAUCCACGACGAGUUCCACCUGCCCAAGAUAGCCAAGGGCGAGGGCUCAUCCGAGGGGACGUUCUUCCUGGACGGGUCCCAUACCAUGGUGUCGUUCAUCACGAAGAUCGUCCCGUCGCCGGAUUGGUUCGUUGGACUGGACUCGUACAAUCUAUGCCGUGGAGGUCGCUGGGCUGACAACGUUACGAUCGAGUUGAGUCCGUUGGACGCCGGCACGAGCAACGGGUUGACGUUCACGUCCCCGAAGUGGCCAACGAAUCCGCCGAACGUGAUCGAGAAGAUCACCGCUCGGUAUCCGAAGCACUUUGCUAGCAGCUUUUUCUAUCCGGAGAUUAAGCAUCUGCCCACGAUAGCAAGGGUGACAUUUGAAAAGCUGCACGAGUACUACGGAUCAAACAACGUUCACAAAAAGGUGAAGAAGCUCAAAACCAAGCAGCGCAAGAGGUUACUGAAGAAGUUGGCCGCCGCCCGUGGAAACGACCCACGGAAGUCGGAGAAUGAAACGGAAAAGCAGGUCAACGACUGUCGAGUCGGAGCAUGGUCCCCGUGGAGUCCGUGCAGCAAGUCCUGCGACGUGGGCAAGAGGACACGGUCCCGCGUUGUGGUGAGGUACGCGGUGGACCAAGGCCGAGACUGUCCUCACCUGACGGAGACUCAGUGGUGUGGAUCGGCGAGGAAGUGCUCCGUUGAUGAAAACUACUUCCGGUGGUAGAACUAAGAUCUGGGAGAAGAGAAACUGAAGAGUGCAGAGUGCGAAGUGUGUUUUGAGUUGAUAAAUGUUGUUGAAUGAAA